AUGCCCAAACUUGAAGAGAUUGAUGACUAUGAUGAUAUCGACAAUCUCGACAUGGAUCUCGCCGAGAUCGAUCAUAACAUGAAAUCACCAGUGGCUCCGAGAAUAGUGCCAGAAGUGAAAAGAAGCCAGGACGAAGAGCCUCCACUUUUUCCAACAAGUCAGACAUUCAACCGUGGUCCUCCAACGGCGUCUCCAGAAGCCUCGAGAGUGGUAAAUUUCACCGAGGAACAAAAACAACAGAUCAAGAAAUUUCAAAUACUAUAUCCAUGCUAUUUCGACAAGAACAGAUCACACAAGCAAGGUAGACGAAUUCCUGCCGAACUAGCAGUUGAGAACCCCUUGGCACAAACCAUAGCUGACGCAUUGACUCAACUGCGUGUACCUUGCGUAAUCGAAGCUCACAAAUGCCAUCCGCAGGAUUUCGGUAAUCCAGGAAGAAUACGUUUCUACAUGAAAGACGAAGGCCAAUCCACUAAUCCGUCCCUCUACAAAAAUAGGCGGGAGCUGAUGAAGCUAAUUGCGUCUUUUCUGAAAAAGCAUCCUACCACACUGGAAAGUCUGAAAGACGCCGUAGUAUUGGAGGCUGGUUCUGAGGAUUACGAGCCAAGAAAAGUACCCAAGGUAAAGGGGUUCGUUAUGAACGAAAUCGUUCCUAUUCACAGUCCGUUGAGCAUGGGACAUCCGAUGGUCAAAUCGAUCUAUGAAGCUCCCGCGCCGGUGGUUACGGAAAAACCUCCAAAGGUGCCCAAGAAUAAGUACAAGAUGGUUCGCAGGUAA